UUGACAGGUGAAGCCACUGCUGGAAAAUCAGCCUUGGUUCAAAGCUUUCACAGUGAUGGCUCGCACUUCCCCAAAGCCUACUCCAUGACGACUGAGGUAGAAAUUUUGACAAAGGCGAUUGCCAUCCCAGAUUCAAACGACAGUGUGGAAUUCCUACUCUACGACUUUGCUGGCAAUGCCGCGUUUCGAGACGCCGUUGAAGCGCGCCUCGACAACAUGGGCGCCCUCGUUCUGGUUUAUGAUGUUACUCAAAAAGACUCAUUGGAAGCAGCGGAAGCCUGGCUCACCACCUUUGCCAAGCUGAACCCGACCUUCCUUGGUGUAUUGGUGGGCACCAAGGCCGACCUUACCGCUCGCCGCGAGGUGGAUGAGGAAACUGCCGUUGCCUUUGCCGAAAAGCAUGAUCUGCAACAUUUUACCGUCUCUGCCAAGGACAGCGAAGGCAUUGAGGACCCGUUUGCACACCUGGCCCAGCAACUCAGCAAGGUGUACAAGGAAAAGCUAGCCUUGUUCGAGGCCAUGGCCUAA